AGUGUGGCGCUGGUGUCCGCGCGCUCAGUCAAUGAGCACCGAGACUGGAGGAGUGUCCGACUGUUUACAUCUCGUUUCGGGGGGCCGAGAGAUAUUUUCCUCCAGCAUGAUGUCGGUGUGGAAUUAUCGCACUCUCCACCUUUGAGAAAUAAACGCGGCCAGCGCAAAAAAAACAGUGACCCGGCGUUGAGUCAUGGGAGGCCAGAUAACCCGAAACGCAUUGUACGACUCUCUAGGUGGUCCGUUCCCCUCAACAGCUCACCGAUGCCACCACAAACCGAAGCGCUGUUUACCCUUGCAUCCGUGCGGAGGUGUCCCCAUGAGCCCCCUUCUCUUCCACCCCAAUGCUAAAGGGUCUCAGAUAGUCAUGGAUCUAUCACAGAGGAGCGUCAAACGCCAGGCCAGCUUCUGCAACGCAAUCACGUUCAGCAACCGACCCAUUGCUCUUUAUGAGCAGGUCCGCUUAAAGAUAACUAAAAAGCAGUGCUGCUGGAGUGGCGCUCUCCGCCUGGGCUUCACUUCUAAAGACCCGUCUCGAAUCAACCCCGACAGUCUACCCAAAUAUGCCUGCCCUGACCUGGUAUCCCAGAGCGGCUUCUGGGCCAAGGCCCUUCCAGAAGAGUUUGCAAACGAAGGAAACCUCAUUUCCUUCUGGGUGGAUAAAAAAGGGAGAGUAUUUUAUCGCAUCAACGAUUCCAGCCCCAUGCUGUUCUUCAGCGGCGUUCGGACCACAGAACCACUGUGGGCCCUUAUAGAUGUCUACGGUCUGACCAGAGGAGUGCAACUGCUGGACAGUGAAGUCGUCCCUCCAGACCUUCUCCGCCCACGAUCCUUCACCACAGUACGUGGAUCCACCUCUUUACGACGUGAAGUAGACACCUCCCGCCUGUCCGUCAGUCUAUGUGAUCUUAACCUGCAACAAGAUGAUGCCAGGCUUCGACUCCCUCCCGCUCCCGUUGCCUGUCCCAUUCCUCAAAACUCCAUGAACUCCCAGCAGUCGACACUGCUUCCUCACACCUUGGAAUGUGAUCUACGUUUCCACCAGCUUCGAGGUGCCCACAUCAGAACCCUUAACGAACAGACCGUGGCACGAUCCGAACACAACCGUGAAGAACGCACGCUGGUCUUCACGGAUCGCCCGCUGCGAAUUGGCGAAACCAUCUUCAUCAAAGUCAUUAAGUCCAGCCCUGCUCGUUUUGGGUCUCUUUCGUAUGGCGUGACAUCAUGUGACCCCGCAGUGCUUCGCCCGAGUGACCUUCCUUACAAUCCUGAAGCACUGGUAGACCGCAAGGAGUUCUGGGCGGUGUGCAGGGUGCCUACUGCUUUGCAGAGUGGCGAUAUACUGGGCUUCCUGGUCACACAGGAAGGGGAAGUAAUUCUGAGUCAUAAUGGCACCAAUGUUGGCAUGCAGGUGUGUGUGGACAACUCACGACCACUCUGGAUGUUCUUUGGACUGCAUGGUGCUGUCACACAGCUGAGGAUUCUAGGCUCCACUUUCUUGGGCGAUGCUCUUGACCCGUCCAGCCCUGGCUCUCCCUCUGCCUCGCCCCUCUCACCCUCAGGCCUGUGUGGUGGAAGCCCAGAGCCCAUCUUAAAUGAACACGGCUGUUCUGCUGCCUUCUGCAGCUCCACUGAAGGAACGACACCCAACUCACCCGUCAGUCUCCCCAAAUCACCCACUUUCCCAUCUGCCUCAGGCUCAUGGCCGGACGAGUGUUCUAUCUGCUAUGAAAACACAGUGGACACCGUCAUCUACGCCUGCGGACACAUGUGUCUCUGCUACACCUGUGGCCUCCGCCUCAAAAAAAUGGCCAACGCUAGCUGUCCUAUCUGUAGGAGAGCUAUCAAAGACAUUAUAAAGACCUACCGGAGCACUUAGGGGGGCCCCAAACCCAAGUCACAUAAGGGCCAUUAAGGAUCUCUAAUAGAUCUGUUUCAAGAAAGGUUUGGUGUCACAGUUCAGGGACUUUCUCUGGCACUGCAUGGGUCUCCGUUCCCACGGCGAUGACUUUUGAACCCUCAAAUCUUCAAGGCUCAGGCAUCCAUUCGCAAAGGUCUUUUGUAUUUCAUUGCUCAAGUCUCUGUUGCUAUGGUAACCAGUGAUGCUGCUGAUCCUCAGUAGCAUCUGGCUUUUCAACUGAUGUAAGACAUAGAAUCAUGGGCAGUAUCUCAUCGAAUUCAGAACAUUUCAGGUGAUACAGGAGAUAUUCAAGGAUGCACAUCUCGCAUUUCUUUUACCCUCUUGGUGAGCCAUAAUAGACUGCAGAAAUCUUAUUCAUAGCAUCCUUAAAAGCUGGAAUCAUAUUCAAUAGAGUGUUACAGUCUCUUAUUUUUUUCUUCUGCUGUCCUCAGAGCUAGUCAGACCAGCUAAGGCACUUUCACUGAUGAAAUUCAUACAAAAAUGUCUCAGUGUUUCACAAUUUUUGUCUGUGCUGGGCUGAGACAGAGAUAGGAAUACAGAUAUAAAGGUACAGUGCUUUUUUUUCAUACCUCACAUUUCAUGCUAGUUGUGUAACCGACAGCUUGUCCUUAUUAUGUGCUCUGAAGUGAGUUGAUCUGGAGGUCUUUGUGCAUUGAUGAGUAUUUGAUCAUGUGUUUUGUAAUGUAAUCUGAUGCUUUGGUAGGUAGCAGGUAAAAUCAGCUAACGGUCUGCUAUAAUUUUGCUUAUGCGUGUGUUCAACAAGCAGGACGUUGUGGUGUAAUUAAAGAGAAAUAAUUUGUUAUAACAAUACACAGGAAUGAUUAACCAAUGAGUCAUGUGGCAGAUUGUUAUAUAACAACUCAUUUCUGGACAAAAGAAGGCUAAUAUUGGAUAUUUUAAUUCAUCUAACGGUUCUGGGAAAUGUGAUUGCCACAGAGAAGUGCGGUUUAAAUAGAGCACCUCACUUCACGACCCUAAAACAUGUUGGCCUAAUCAAACCUUCAUUUACUGUGAACUUGUUCUUGACUGUCGAUCCGAACACGCAAGCUUUGGGUUUUCUGCUAAAGCAAUUGCAAUGUUGCCAUGGAGAGCAAAAUCUAGAAAGGAGGAAAACAGCCGUGAGGCAUUAACCAAUGAAAGAGUCAUUUGUGGUCAGAGGAUAUUUGAUUUGCACAGUUAAUCCAUAUUUCUCCCAGCCCCCCACUGUAGGCCAGAAACGGUGUGUAUGGGGAUAAUAGUGAGCCCUGGCCACUGAUGAAAUAACUGAUUCAAAUGGAAUAUGUUAGGAAAACAGGUGAAAAGCCAUAAGGCUGGCUCAGUGUCCCUGCUGGUGCUGAGAAAACAAAAAAAGGAGGAUCAAAAAUAUUAUCAAGAUUUGCCCUCCAAGGCCACAUUCGUGUUAAAAGUAACAUUUGACAUCAGACUUCUCAUUUGAACCUUUACAAACUGUCUGAAAAUCUUAUUGAGGUUACUGAAUGAUAAUUCAUUUAUAGAAAGUCCUGCUGCUGUAGGAUAUAGUUGAGUGGGUAUGUUCUUGGAAUCAGGAGGACAUCUAAGGUUGUCACUGAGAGGUGAAUUUUAUCUCACUUUGAACCUGAUGUCUCCUGAUAUCUGAAGAGCCGCAUAAAUGAAUGUCAAGAAAAUGUCCUUGUCAUAUUUCACCCCAAUUGUCAUGAAAGUCGGGGUGAAAUGUGCAAAAAAGGGUAAUUGUCUUAUAAUAUGCUUAUUUUCUUUAU